AUGGAUACGAGUAGCAUCACGCCCGCUGGCACCCGGGUUAAUAUCAUUGUACUUGCUUUCACACUUGUUUCUGGCUUGGUGGUGUUUCUACGACUUUUUACGCGACUGGUAAUAUCCAGGGGAGCUGGACCUGAAGAUGCAUGCAUCGUUUUUGCUAUGGUUCUUUCCAUCGCACUUGCUGUGCUGACGGCGGAGCAAGUGAUGAAUGGCCUUGGAGAGCACGGUGCGCGAAUUGAAGACGACAAGCUAGAUAGACUGGAAAUUUCAUUCUGGGCGAGCGUCUGGGUCUACAACCUCACACUCACUGUGACAAAGAUAUCCAUUCUUGUACAGUAUCUCCGUAUCUUUCCUGUGCGAAACUUCCGCAUAGCGUGCUUCGCUGUCUUGGGUGUUGUCGUAGCCUACGGCGGCUGGUCGACUUUCUCGAGCGUCUUUAUCUGCAGCCCCGUCGCUUUUGCAUGGGACAAAUCCAUCGGGAACGGACGCUGCAUGAACCAACUUGUCAUAUGGGUUACGAAUGCUGGUGUCAACAUUGCGCAAGACGUAGUCAUCUUCCUCAUGCCAUUGUCUAUCGUCCGGGCCCUUCAAAUACCCAAAUCACAAAAGGAAGGCUUAGUGGGCAUGUUCGUGCUGGGCGCAAGGUAG